AUGGGUUGCUGCCAAUCCAACGCUCUGCGCGAUGAAGAUCCCAACGCCCAACCAGCACAUGGCAUCGCACCGCAGGGCAAUAACAUCGCAGCACAAGCUGCCGCUCCCUCAAAUGCCCGACCUCGGAAUGGACGCGGCGCAAACCUCCCCAAUCAACGCAUACGAAAUCCUUCCCCGGUGGCACGAAGCCCAAAGAAUGUCAGUACCAUGCCGCCGCCCUGGACCCGCAGCAAUCUCGAAAAACAGCGGCGAGACUUCUUCGACACACGUGUCAAUGGAAGCGUGGAGAUAUGGGGUGGAAUGCGACAGGCUUCCGAACUGCUGUGCCAAGGAGAUCUGGCAGGUGCUCAAGCCAUCUUGGACGCACUUAACAUGAACUGCCCCAGUGGCAAGUUUGCCAGAGGAAGGGGACGAGAUCGUAACAAUGGAGGGGUAUUUGACGAAAGAGGGGCGCUGUACGAUAUACCCAAUUGGGUCGUUUCGGACCCACUUGACAUUGUCGAGGAUGCGGAGGAUAAGAUCGGUAUUGCCGAUGACUCUGACGACGCAUUGAAUGAGGACGAGGAUGCCGCACGCAAAAGAGAGGAGAAAGGAAAGGGCCGAGUUAUCGAUUUGGGCGAGGAGAUGAAGGUCAAAGUGCGGCUGAGCGACGGUACUGGAGACCAAGAGAUCACCUUUGGCGCAAAGCAGAAGGCUGGUGUGAUCGUCAAGAAGGUUCUUGAGCAGCACGGGCAGAGCGUCAGGCUGCUACAUCUGGGCAAGACCAUUGACGAGAAACAGACUCUCGAGGCACAAGGAUGGCAGCCUGGCACGGUCCUGAAUGCUUUCAUGCAUCUCCAGGGGGAGCCAUCAAAAGCGGAUUGA